UGUCAAAUCCAUGUGUGCUCAAAGUAAAAAAUGGAAUGACAUUUGGAACAUUUCAUAACCCCAUUAAAACAACUGGUAUGCGACUUGCGAAUGGUCUUCUCUUCGCCACUUCUCAUUGUGCCGAUAAUAUCGUUCAACAAAACAAAAAAAAGCAUUUUCUUUUUACUUUCGACGCAUUUUGCGUGUUAAUGUCAAUUGGAUUUUUUGUUUGUUCGUGAAACGACGAGAGAGCAAGAGCGAGAGAAAGAGACCGAGACGACGAUGUGGAAGCAAGUGUAUCGCAAUAAAUUCCUUGUAAAAGCCAACAAUGUUCGGUAUUUUUUAUCGGAAGCGUACAAAUGUUCGGAGGCAUGGGAAAGUCGCUUACAAUCGCCAGUGCUGCAGAAAAUUCGGCCCGAUCUCUUUUACUAUGAAUUAGAUCGGAAAUUUCAGCAGCAUGGUAAAAUUUGUGCCGUCGAUUUGGACAUUUUUGUGAAUACAAUUAAUGAUAAUGCAUUGCUCAAUGAGCUAUCGGAUUUGGUUCAUAAAAUGCGUUUAACGGCCGAAACGAGCAAUACACUGGCAUCAACAUCACAUGCGGUCAUACGGCAUCAUUUGGAUUUUAGCAAUACGGAUUUGGAAAAUUUAAUCUAUAUACUGGACGAUCGUUUGAGUUAUGGUGUAUUUUUGGAUUCGUAUGCGGCCAAUUUGUGUCUCGAUAAAUUGAUUAAAUUGAAAAAUUAUCGAAUGGCCGCCAAAGUUGCCACAUUCUUAAUGUUACAAGAGAAUUUCGAGAAUCCAAUCAAUCGUGUGCUAUCAUUGUACGCUUCUUACAAAUACCUGGACGAUCCACAAUCUUUUGAUGAUUUAGUGAAAAAUCAACAAUCUGAAUCGGAUCUAGCAUCGGAAAUUGCCGAAAAAAUGCGUGCUGCCGAUCCGAAAGCAGGAAAAAAACAAAAGAAACGUGAUAAAAAGGAGGAGAUUCGAGUGCGAAUCAAUUAUCUACGUAAUCCAUAUUUUGACGAUCACUUCGAUUUGCGGAACAGCCAUCAUUUAGUUGGAAAAACAUUUUUAGCAAUUAGCCAAUAUUUGGACGGUGCAAUCGGUAAUUCGGUCAAACUACUCGGCUACACUUUCUAUGAGAAAUAUACGGAAGGUAUUCAAUUCAUUGAAUCGCUCAACAAUACUAACCAGUUGUAUAAAGAUGUGGUGGAUAUUGUGAAAAAGCAAUUAGAACAGAUUAAGGAUCGCGAUAAGGAUGAAAAUUACCAACAUUUCCGCACUGCUGUUGACAAACUGGCCGAAUCGAGUGCAUCACUUGAAUCAGCAUCGCUUGAAGAUGCUAUCCGUAGCCUGGCAACCGCCACUGUUAACGAACAUGAAACAAAGGAAAUCGAAGAACAAACCAAAAUCUACGCGUUAUGGGGACAAAUACGCGAAACUAAAUUACAAGAUGAAUUAAACCGAGUGGAUCGACACAACCGGCUCGAAAAGGUUGAUUUGCUGUUGCAAGAGAUGGCCGAAGAAGAGGAGAAGUUAUGGUUCUUUGAAAAUGAAACGAAGAUCGAUUUGGAGAUAGAAAAAAUUUCAACGGAUCACGUAAAAACGCAAAAGGUUUCACGGCGUCAACAGAAAAUUAUCGACGAUGCGUAUAUACCACCCGAAGUCAGUCGCAAACGAAACUAAGAUCAUUGUUGACGAUCUAUUUAAAACUCUUCCUCGAUACAAUUCAUGUGAACUACAGAAUUUUUUAAAAAUAUUGUUGUAUAGGUCUUAUAAUUAAAUCGACGUAGAUUUUGAAAAAUACACAAA